AUGAAUAACCGAGGGAAAAAACUUGUUAUCAUCAAUGCAGUCUUCUUCUUUGUUUCGUUUAUCUCCCUUCUAUUGCGCUGUUAUGUUCGACUGUUCAUCGUGAGGAAAUUCUCGGUCGAUGAUUACUUCAUCAUUGUUGGAACAAGCUUUUUUGCUUUGAGUGCAAGCUUUUCGACUGUGUCUGUCAAGUACGGGCUUGGACAACAUCUCGAGGAUGUUGAGAUCAGCCACAUCUUUAUGACUGUAAAGUAUUUCUGGCUCUGUUGCAUCUUUUACUCUCUUGCUACAGUGAAAGCCAGGGUAACAAUCUGCUGGUUCUUGCUUGUUUCAGCUACAAACAGGCACCAGAUUAUCAUUUAUCUUGCAACAGCCCUGGCUACAUUUACAGGUGUUUUUCUCCUUGCAACAUUACUAUUUCAGUGCAACCCUGCCUCUUUCUUAUGGGACAAGAGCCAAAGUGGUAUAUGUGUCGGAAUGGAUUUUACUGUCAUGGCCGCUGCAUUGUAUAGUGUAGCGACUAUUUUGUCGGAUUUGGCCACUGUUUCUCUUUCCGCUGUCACGGUAUGGAAAUUGGAUCUUGAUAUGAAGACAAAGCUUUGUCUUAUACCCGUUCUUUCUAUGGGUUGUAUAUCAUGUGUAGCAGUCAUUGCUCGAUUUCCAAGUCUUGUAAAACUUAAAGAGCCUGACCUCCUUUGGAACGCCAUAGAUAUGGCAGUCUGGUCUACUAUUGAGCAGGGACUAGCCAUUACAGCCUGCAGUCUUGCCACCCUGCGGCCGUUGCUCAAGUUGGUCAGGUCUAGGUUCCCAAUUACGGAAGAUUCACUACCCACGCAUCUUGAAAUGUCGCCACGGGAUCCGCCCGUAACUGAGAGCAACCAACACUGCCCUGAGAAUGCCAGCGAUACUGCAGUCAACAGUGCGAUGACCGGGGAUACAAACCACAGCUUCAAAGGCCCCUUUGAAGUUUCCAGGAUAGACAUGAUUGAUAUGAGUGAUAGAAGCUCGACGAGAGUGCAUGCUCACUCACAGACAGAGUUGGAUGACUUGGGAGAUGAUGCCGAGGGAUUGGAAUGGCUUUCAGGGACUAUCGAAAGAACGUCGAGCUCUAUACUGAAUAGAAAUAUAUUUUAA